AUGAGUACGACUACCAAUUCCCGAUGGAACCCGUUCCGACGUCAUGUUGUAAACCCCGUAGCAGAACAAACACCGCUAGCUGCUCCCCUAAUGGCAGCACCCAAUUCUAAGACUACAGAAGCGAAAGUAGUAACUCGAAUAUCGAGUUGGCCAGAGGAAGCACAAAAGCUCAAGCAACAUGACUGGGUCUCAUGGUUAUAUUUUGUUGCAGAUAUUAUACUGGUCCUGCUUCCAGUCUACUUUAUUCUCCUCGGCGUUGCAGUCAUUACCCUCAACGGAAAACCAGUUGCCGGCAAUGACUUCGCGUCCAAGGUCACGGAGGCCAUUCAGCUUGGUCCCACAUUAUUCCCAAUCAUGUUCGCAGCAAUUAGCGGCCGUAGUAUGAAAAUGAUUGCCAGAUACCUAGCGGAGAAAGGAACAAAACUCAGCACCCUUGAGCUAUUGAUGGCGAGCCAAUCUGUAUGGGGUACAGUCGAAAGUCAAAUGCUGAUGCGGCGACUGACUAUCGUUGGCGCAAACCUUUUGUUCCUUUGGACAAUGUCUCCCUUAGGUGGUCAGGCAUCGCUUCGUCUGAUGAGUAGAUCAAUUCGCACAGUCGAGACUUAUGCUCCUCUCCGCUAUUUGUCAACCGGUCCUGGUAGCGCAGCUUGGGCGAUGAGCAGCGGCACCUACGUGGAGACUGAUGGGAGCCUAACUCAAGUACAAGCGUUAUACGCUGCUUCUCUGAUGGGUUCUGAAAAAGUCAAAAAAGGGCCAGAAGAUACUUGGGGCAACGUAAAGGUGCCGUAUUACAGGGAAACUGAAAACAAGACCAACGGAUGGGUAACCGUCACCUCCGACUCACAGAGACCUGAAGACUACGUAUCUCUGGUCGGCAUACCUGUCGUUGGUCGCCCAAAGGACAGAGAUGGGAGGUUCAGCCUUGAGACAUCCCAACUCACUGUGGACUGUGAGCCAUGGACAUCACUUGCCGUGAAAGAGAAGCACGACUAUGCCGAGUUAGAAAAGCUCGUACCGGGGCAGAUAUGGAAGAACAUGUCCGAUGAAAACAGCCCCUGGGGUAAUACCAAAGUCGCUGGGGGGAAGAGCUCCACGUUCUUUCUCCAGACAGACCUCCCGCUUAGUCAAGGAGGUGAUGAUGGAGACGGCCGCUUCAACUCCUUCAGUGGUUAUGUCAACUCAUCCAUGGUCGGUCGAGAAUUCCCGAAACGCAAACUGACGUACGCAUCGAGCUUUAAAUAUGGGCCGCUGGACAAUACCACUCUAUAUGUCACCAAUUGCUCCUUGGGUCAAAGCCACACCGAGACGAUCGUGGAGUGUACCAAGGAUAACUGUGCCGCUGUCAAGGUUCGCCGUUCUUUGUCUGACUUGCGCGAUACAAGAGUCACACCAUUCGAUCACAUUUUGAUUGCAAGCUUGUCGCUUGUUGCAUUUCCAAAGGCCUUUGGUUGGUCUAGAGGGUCGAAUCCGACAGAACAGUUCAUCUACAACACUACCUCCUUCCAAAUAACAUCGCCCACGACAAUGUUUGGCGACAACCCUGGAUGGGUCAACCUGUCCGAACUGACACCAGAGGACUUCUCAAGAAGACUAGCACUUGUACUCAAUACUUACUACCAGCUUACUGUUGCACCCAAUGCAUAUUUCGGAAACCUGCCCCAAACCAACUUCUCAGCUUUCGGCCCUGACACAUCACCGGUAACCGACGUCGACGCCUACUUGCCUAGUAACGUUAGUAUCAAGAAUACUACGUUUGAAAACUGGUUCAGACCUUUCGACAUCAAGAGCCACGACUCGAACUUGUAUUUUAUUGGGGCCACGACAAAUGCGACCAUCAGUAAAACGCACGAGAUUUUUGUGUGCGAGUUUGCUUGGCUGAGCUUGCUGUUCGUUGCCGCCGGCUCGAUAUUCUUAGUAGGUGGUGCAUCACUAGUGCUCAAACGGAAAACACUGGGCCCGGAGAUGUUUGGAUUCGUCACCAGCAUGACAUACGAAAACCCCUACUUGAAUGUGCCUAGAGGAGGUACCACCCUGGACGCAAUGGAAAGAGCCAGGCUUUUGAGGGAUGUUGAGGUAUAUGUUGGCGAUGUCUGCGGCAACAAAGAUGUUGGGCACAUUGCACUCGCUGCUGGUACGCCCAUGCGUAAACUUGACCGGGGUCGCCUGUACUUUUGA